AUAAAGUCAAAUCAAAAGAGAAACCUAAAUGGAGAUUACGUGAAAAAUUAUCCAAGGUCAUAUUAACACCAUAUCCAUUUUCUGAAUUACCUGAAGAAAGUAUUAAUGUAAAAGAAAUGGAGGAUGCCCUAGAUGCUUUUCCAAACUUUUUAAGUGAAGAACAUAGCACCACUCUUAUUCGAUCUACUGUGGGUACUGGAAAAAUGAAAACAUUAAGAAAAAUUUUGGCAUCUUUAGCUCAAAGCAGUGCCAAUUUACCUUGUACUAUUUGGGUAUCAUAUCGUAAAACCUUUAGUAAUGAAUCUGAAACUAAACUUAAAGAAUUGGAAAAAUUCGAUUUCAAAAUAGGUAUUCUUUGUCUUGAUUUUCGUGAAGGUCGUUCCUGCAUAGCAAUUUUAGAUGAAGCCAAUGCCACCAUGCACCAAAUGACUAGUGGGGUUUAUGCUUGGGAAUCGUCCAAUGCUAUGUGGGAUUUGUUAAAUGUAGCUACUCAUGUUGUUGCUAUGGAUGCUUUUGCAAAUGAUUCAACUUUAGCUUUCUUAAAAUCCUAUUGA